GUCCACAAUUAUUUAAAGCUUUCCAAACCAGGCUAUUUUUGUUUCAUCUUCUUGAAACAAAAAGUGUCUUUGUUGACAUCUCUUAAAAAUGUUGUGUUAUUGUUUGGUGUUUUUGUCACGUACGAUGGUUUUGUUUCAGUUAUUUGUUGCCUCAUGUAAAGGGAAAGUUCAGCUGCCGGAAAAUGUAACAGUGAAGGCUGUUUUUGCUUUCGGAGAUUCCAUUGUUGAUCAAGGAAACAAUAAUCACAUAACAACAGUUGUUAAAUGUAAUUUUGAGCCAUAUGGGAAGGAUUUCUUGGGUGGAAAACCUACUGGAAGGUUUAGCAAUGCUAAGACCCCCUCCGACUUGAUAG